UCCUCCUCCCAUAACACAGCAUGGGUGGUCCCUACUGAGGCAUAGUGGGAAAUUUCUAACAUGGCGUCUUUUCAACACAUUGCGGACGAGGCAGACGACGUUUCAUCGUCGGAAGAGAUGGAGUCGGGCUCUGACUCAGAUGAGGAGGUUGGUACUGAAGAAUCCAAGGUACCGAAGGCAGGAGGUGAUGGAAAGAGUGGAGCCACUUUGCAGAAUACAAUGAAGAAAGAAUUGUCUACUAUGUCAUUUGAGGACAUUCAAAGACUGAGGGACAAGAUAGGCACCAAAACAUAUAACCAAGCACUCCAUGGUUCAAAUAGCAAGAGGGAUCAAAGUAAAGUAUUCAAGAGAGUCAACAAAAACAGGCCAGUAGAGAUGUCAUCCAAAAUUCCACCUCCCAGGAUACGACAGGUGGUUCCAGUAAAAAAGAAGAUACACAGAGACCCACGUUUUGACGACCUGUCAGGAGAGUAUGAUGAAAAGAUCUUUGAAAAGUCUUACUCAUUUUUGGACCCAAUGAAGGCCAGAGAAAAGAAGUACCUCGAGAAGCAGUUACGGAAAGAAAAAGAUGAGGACAGAAGAAGGAAGAUUCAGCAGCUCAUUAGAAAAAUGGAACAGCAAGAAAGAACCAAACGACAGGAGGACAUCAAGGAAAAAGCCCUCAAGGAGUGGAAGGCCAAGGAGAAGGAGCUAGUCAAACAGGGAAAGAAACCGUACUUCCUCAAGAAAUCUGAUGAGAAGAAGCUGGUGCUCGCACAGAAGUUUAAAGAGCUGAAGAAGAGUGGAAAGGUGGAGAAAUUCUUGCAGAAAAAACGGAAGAAGAAUGCAGCAAGAGACCGCAAACAUCUGCCUACAGACUCUUGAGAGUCAGACAAUUCUUGAAACACAGCAACGAAAUUGAAGUAAUAACACGCUCCUCAACAACAUCAGUUUUAUAACAAGG